CGAUAUAAGUCGAAAUCGCAAAGUUGACGCAACGUACAGAACGGUGAGCGUAUUACAUGACGUGUUUGUUUCCAAACUGUCAACACAAAAAUACGUACAGAAUACGAUUCUAUACGAUUAAAGUGAAAUUUUUUAAUUGAAUAAUUUAUAAACUAAUUGAGUGAAUUCACGUACUUAGAUACCAGUAAAUAUGGUUUACAUAUCAGAAGAUGGAAAAGUUUUGGACACAACUCCGUUACAUUUGAAAGUAUUUAGAUUCUUCAGUGGAAUAGUUUUCAUGGUUAUUAUGUUUUUCAGAACAUUGAUUGAUCCGGAUAUGAAUAAACAUGGAAGUGAAUAUACGAGAGAUUAUAGACCUGGCUCUGGGCCACCACGUCCACCAACACGCAGAAUAGGAAGGCCUAACACUGGAGAUACUGUGAGCGUUCCAUUCGGAUGUAGAAGUUGUGCCAGAUAAGAUAAAAUUCGAGUAACGUAAAAAUGGGUUUAAUAUUAUAAUAUUUUUAUAUAUGUACUAUGAUAUUAUAGUUAGUAAUAUAUCAAAAUCAUAUUAAUGAAUAAUUGCAUUAUAAAGAAACAUGAAAAUUACAUAGUAAAUAAUCAGACAUUUAUGUUAAAUAAAUUUAUUAAAUGUAUUGCACUAACUUAAUGUUAAAAAUGUUACAAAUCAUUAUAAAUAUAUUACACAUUAUAUACU